GCACAUAAUGGGCUCAGGGACUGAACCCCACAAAUCAUUUAGCUAAACAAGUUAUAAUCUUGAUGAGCUAGUUACAAGAUUCAAUGCACUGAUUGGCAGUUAUUGUUUAUUGUUGUUGUGAUUAGCGAGGUUACUGUGAGGGGAAGGGCGAUCAGCUGGUGAGAGAGACGGGUACGGGAGACACUUAAGGGGGAGAUCUUCCUCCUGUCUUAUCCUUAUCAUGGCUAUUACUGCUGCUGCUCUUUAACCACCAGGCCAAGAUAACGAGGGAGAGGUUAUCUUACGAGUCAAAGGUACAACUUCUCGGCAUAAGGUAAAAUGAGUUCAGUACCUCCCGAACCAACGAAAGCUGAAAUAGACCAACUUCGAAGUGCUGCACUGCAGAAGGUUGACUCUGAGGGUUUGGUAUUCGAUCCCCAAGAUGUAAACAGAAUACGUAAUGAUGACAAAUACAUUAGACGAUUUUUGAUGCAUCACGACAAUGACCAGAAGUUGGCCUUGGAGAUGGUGAUGGAAACCCUCAAGUGGAGAUAUGAAAACCAGUGCAAUACAAUUACUGUGGAGAGUAUACCACCAGAGUUCUUUGCAAAAGGUGCCAUGUAUGCACAUAAUCGUGAUAAGGAUGGGUGCAAGAUGUUGAUAUUUGCAGUACGUCACCAUCAGAAAGGCGUUCUUGACAUGGACUUGCUCAAAAAGUUCUUUAUAUACUGGCUUGAAAGGCUGGAAAGAGAGGAAAAUGGAGAAUGGAUAACUGUGUUCUUUGACAUGUGUGAUACUGGAAUGAAGAAUAUGGAUAUGGAGUUUAUUCAGUAUAUGAUUACCCUUUUCAAGAAUUAUUAUCCUUGGUUCCUUAACUACAUCAUCGUGUUUGAGAUGCCAUGGUUGCUGAGCGCUAUGUGGAAAAUUAUUAGGACGUGGCUGCCUCCAAAAUCAAUAGAGAAGAUCAAAUUUGUUGACAAGAAGUCAAUACAGGACUUUGUGGACCUAGACCAGUGUCUGGCCAGCUGGGGCGGCACUGACAACUACGAGUACCAGUUUGAGCCAGAGUUUAUUCCAGGGGAUGAACCCACCUCCAAUGGUGACUUAGAGUCCCGCAAAGUUCAUUUUGCGGAAGGAAGUGCCUUGCCACCACUCUCGCCAUUGAAGGGUAAACUACAGGGUCAACGGGUAGCUGCAACCAAUGGAGGUGUGAUGAUAGAAAUUGAACCAAGCGAAGGGCUGAUGUUUAGUAAUUGUCGCAUUGGUGCUACAGCAAAUAUAGUACUGACCAAUCCUACUGCUUCCCCUGUAGCUUUCAAGAUAAAGACUACAUCUCCAGAGAAGUAUCGUGUACGUCCUUCAGUAGGUAUUCUGGAGGCUGGCAUACAACUGGAGAUUAGUGUAACUGUGAGUGAACAGUUGGCACCUUCAGCUCUAGUUCGUGACAAGUUUCUUGUGAUGGGAGCUCCAGCGUCCUCAAGUAACCUCAGCUCUCAGGAAAUUUCUCAGUUAUUUAAGAAUAUUGCUAAAGAGGAACUCUUUGAGACACGUCUACGGGUUGGCGUCUCUGCUGCAGAUGCUGCCUCUGAUGCCUUGACAACUUCCGCUUUAAAAUCAUCAUCAGUCUCUCCUGAGCUCUUGUCAAAGAUCGAUCAGCUUCUUCAUCGCCAGUCUGCCGUAGAAGAGCAACUUCGUACAGCCAAGAAAUUCGUCUUCAUUACGCUCAUUGUGAUGAUUGGGAUCCUCAUUUUUGUAGUCAUGGCAACCAACAAUAUGACCUCUAGUCUUCUUCUGUACACUACAAACAGGCGUAGUGCCAGCACAAUGCAAGGUGAAACUAUACAUAAUGAGCAGGAAAAUAAUGUCGAGUUAUAGCAUCUUUCUAGUGGGUAUACUGUAAGGGAAAUUUGCUUCACCUUGAAUGAUAUCGGAUAUUAUUUUCAGUGUGUGAUGUAAACUCGUAAGCUCCUCCAGUGCAUCUUUAGUUUUUGAUUUGAUGCUGCGUGUAAACUUGGUGUAAAUUUGCAACUUCGAUCAAUUAGUCAUUUUCUAUACAUAUAAAUUCUGGUACAUAAUGGAGCACUGAAGGUGUAUAAAUGUGUUAUGUGGAUUAUGUGCAUAUAUACCGGAUAAUAUAAAUAAAUCUUAAAAAAAAAGUGUGUACUGUAUUAUUAUAUAUAAUAUACAGUACUCUAUACUCUACAAUAUAUUAUAUACUCUAAUAUAUGGAACAUUAUCUUAUAAUAAAGUAAUAUAUGUUGUAAUAUUAUAUAUAAUAAUAACUUCUAUUGUAGUGGAUAUCUUUAUUUUACUAUAUUCAAAAUUAAUUGGCUGUUUAACAUGCACAAUUAUUUUUUUCUGCUGACUGUACCACAUUUAGUUUUUUGUGUUAUAUCUUCAAAAUGAAAUGAUGAGAAACACAUUGUUAAAAGUUGUAGAAGUAGAUUAUAUGAUGUAGUGUAGAUUAUAACAAUUGGUCUCUUGUUGAAAGAGAUUGCUAUACCAUCAAUAGAGUAGUGCUUAGUAAUACUAAGUACUGAUUAGUAGAUACCAUCUGCUUAGUGCGAGAGACUUGAAAAUUGUAAUAUGGAUUGCAGUCGUAUAGUAAUUUGCAAUUAUAGAACUGGGUGUAGUUUGACUAUUGGCAUAUUCAACAGUAAAUCCACACAUUUUGUCAUUCCAUUGUUUUUACAUUCAGUAUUUAUUUUUGCCAACAAAGCAUUAAAAAAAAAAAAAUUUUUCAAAGAUACCAAAAAAUUUGUAAUGAAACUUUAGUUGAUGUGCUAUGAAGGAAACCUUGCAUCAUUGAAAAACUAUAAAGUACAAUUAGGGCCAGGAUUCAACGAGCAUUUAUGCAUCUCUUUGUGAACCUGUACAUGUUUUCUCAAUUUUUGGUGGCUUUGGACUUCCAGGACGAGCGUGUGUCUUGCUUUCCGACCGUCCCUCGCGGUCACUUGUCCCUCGAUAGUAUUCUAGGGGAAUUGGAUACUUUUGAUAUCGUUCGC